AUGCAAGACCAUUGUCGGAGUCCUGCCAGCACCACAGAUCCAAACUGCGGCUACCCAAUCUACGCGGGCUCAGGAGGCGUCUGCUUCAAUGGACCAGGAACCAAAUCGACAUUCAUGAUCCAAUUCUGCUGCGGCACUGGCGAUUGUACUGCAGCAGGUGCCAGUAAGCGGGAUGACAAUUCCGCUGUUGCCUCAAGCGUAGUCCUGCGAGACAUCAACGACAACAUCCUCGUUCCCCAAUCCGUUGGUGACAGCGCCGGCGAGAAAAUGGACAUCUUCAUGGAAGACCUCGGACUCAACUCUUCCACCGUAUUACUCGCACGAUCGACCACUGGCGCUCCAAUAUUCAAAGUGGGCCACGAGGAGUAUGAGGACAACCAUCAUGCCAUCACCAAACGCGACUGUGACACUUUCAUCGCAGACGGUGCUCCUUACACCAAGACCGGAGACGUCUCCACACAGAUCGGAGGGUACAUCUGCGGUGAUGCCGUCACGGUCGGCAUCACGAACGAAGUCAGCGUCAGCCAGACAACGACCUUCAGCGCCUCCGUCGGCGAUCCCUUUGGCGUUGUCUCAGCAUCAGUCGGAUUCGAAGUCGAGGAAUCAGCGAGUCAAUCCACCACUUACGAAUUCACGCCUUUGCCAGGACAAUGUGGACAUGUUGCGUUCACUCCCUUCUAUACCUGCACGAGUGGAACCAUCACGGGCUGUGAGGGCGGUGACCAGAAUGGCGAGGUGUGCACGGCGAAGCGCGUUAGUGACGACCGUAUCGAUGGAGCCUAUUCUUUUGCGCAGACCGAGUGA